GAUGUUCUUCCGGGGUGUAUAGAGUGUGACACAGUUGUCCGCCAUGCAGGUUUGGUCUCGCUGAGAGUGACGUGAGGUAAAAAACAUUUGUCUAUAACUAACUUUAACCUUCUUUAAAGACGUCGUUUGGCCACAAAAGAAGAGAAAAAGGGCGAGGAGUUUGGAUGUCACCAUGGAGGUUUUGGAGGACAAGUUGAGAAGUUUGUCCAUCGCUCGGCGAAGUCACCCCGAGAAGCCCACUUACCUGCUGGGCAUGGCUCAGCAGCCAGAGGGCGUGUUGGCGGUGUCCUGCUCCAACCUGAGCAUCCACCUGCACAACAAGGAGACGCUGAAGCUGCAGGGCGAGUAUCGCGGCCACGGCGGGCCACUCUGCGCCCUCGCCUUCGCUCACGCCUCCCCUCACCUCCUCUACUCGGCUUCUGCGGACGGGACGGUGCGCGCGUGGGACGCCCGCCUCCCGGGGUCCGACUCGGCCCAGCUGUUCCGGAGCGACUCGUCCCACAGCUUCUGCAGCUUCGACCUGAGCUGCGGCGACGUGCUGCUGUGCGCCGGCACGGAGCAGGUGGACAAGGCGGACAGCUUCCUGGUCUUCUGGGACGCCAGGAAGCCCGGCGAGUCCCCGCUGGGCGUGUACUCCGAGUCGCACAGCGACGACAUCACACAGGUGCGCUUCCACCCCCGCGACAAGGACCGCAUGGCGUCCUGCGCCACCGACGGCCUCGUCAACGUGUUCGACCUGAGCCGGGGCUCGGAGGACGAGGCGCUGCUGGCGACCUUUAACGGCGACUCCUGCGCCAGCUCCGUGUGCUGGUGCGGCGACGACUACCGCCGGCUGCUGUGCCUCAGCCAGGACGAGGGGCUGCACCUGUGGGAUCUGACCCGGCUUGACACGGAGCAGCCGCUCGCCGUCUUCAGCUGCCGAGACGUGCGCAGCCUGGGGCCCACGGCCCCUGGGCGCGGCUUGGAUUACACAGUGGGAGGAGCCUGGCUGGAGGACGCCGGCAAGCUGCUGGUGGUGGGGGGCGACAACGCCGGCGGCCUCCACCUGAUGGAGUGUGACGACGAGGGACUGCGUCUGCUCAAGAGUCUCCACGGCGGACACUCCUCCACCGUGCGCUGCUUCCUGUGGGACGCGGUGGCGGGGGCCCUGUUCACGGGGGGCGAGGACGCUCAGCUGUUGCUCUGGAAACCAGGAGGGGCGGAGCUGACGACGGUCAAAAAGGAGUCCAUGAAAAGUUGCUCCGCCUUGAAAGUGAAAUCCAGACCUCACAGGAAACAUUAUUACAACACCAGCGUGCAGCGGUGACAUGUUUCCAUCAGGACCGCAUGCAAGUGGAAAGAAAAUCUAAACUUAUGGAACAGAAAAGCAAAAAGAUCAUGCAUUAUAAAAGUCAAUGUCCAUGCAUACGUGCCCUUUGCUACAGGUGCACGCUCACCUGUAUGGUUGUGACAGGUUUUUAGCUCAGUAGUAGUACGCUGCUCUUUCACACGGCCCCACUCACAGCAGUAGAGGAGAAAAUAGGGCGGCCGAGAGAGAGAGAGAGUACAAAAUUGUUAGGCUGAGCUGUGAACACCAAUCGUUGCAUUUCGCUGUCAAAAUUGUGGGCCCCUGAUUAGGUGUGGCCCCUGGACUUCAGCCCUGGUAAGCCCGUGUUUUGCCCAGGCACACAAAUUCAAGGGAUCUCCGCCGACGACCUUGCAGUUUUUAUUCGUGACACUCAUUAAAUGGUUCAUCGAAGCAACAGAAUAUCAAUUGACACUUUUUUUCUAAUCAAUGAAUCGUUGCAGCCCAAGUCCUGAUCAUUGAACAAUGUUGUGAAGGGUCUCCAAACUUUCUUGACUUGGGGGCCGCAGUGGGCUACAACAAUUUGGCCGGGGUGCCAAAGCUGACUGCAUGUAAAUAUAUAUGUAUAU